UUUACUGGAGCAGACAGUCAGGGGGAGAACGAGUGAACAGUGGUUUGAUGUGGCAGAAACAUUACUGGUAAAAACUAGUGCCGUUACUGAAUUUGGAUACACUUGGAAAUUGAAGAGAUAUGAGACUACAGGCCAUACUUUGCCUCUUGCUGCAGCUCAUUUUUGAGUUUUCAUCAUGCUCAAAUCUCAGGGUGAUAUCUGGUUCCACCCUGGAGCUGCCAUGUUUCUCACCCCAACCUGACUCCACUGGAUCCACCAUCACCUGGAUAUUCAAUGGUAAGGAUGUAAGUGAGGAGCCACAUCACUCACUUAGAGUUAAAAAGGAUGGCUUGUAUCUGUCUAUAUCCCCUGUAACUCCUGCCAACGAGGGCGAGUAUGCGUGUUUUGUGAAGGAGAGCAAUACGGAGAUAAUAAAGACAUACAAUAUCACGGUUGUUGCAUUACUUGACAUUACCAUCAAGGUAAACCGAGGCUCAGAUGUGCACCUCCCAUGCCACUUCCCACCCAGCAGCCAAGUCAUGGCCAAUGCACUCUGGUUCAAAAAGACGGACCCUGUCGGGAGGACACAGCUGAAUCCUGAAGACGAUACAGAUGACACAACGAGACUAAGCCUGCUUUAUCCACUUGACAAUGAUCAGACCAUCCUUAUCAAAGACACUGUCAUGGAGGAUGCUGGAAUUUACCAUUGUGAAUCUGUAGAUGGGGAAAGGCUCAGCACCAUACACAUUAUUGUUGAAGUUGUUCCUACCAAACCUCCUUUCUCCUGCGAGAAGUUCCCCAGAGCAUGGGAGCCGUGCCAGGACGAGGACAGUCGCACAGGGGAACCCAUGCUGCAAGAGUCCAUGGCAGAGUUUUCCAUGAAGCUCUAUUCUUACCUCAGAGGGUCAUAUCCUUCUAGCAACUUGCUCAUUUCUCCCAUCAGCAUCAAUGCAGCACUCUCCCAUUUGUUGCUAGGGGCAAGGGAUACCACUCGCAAAGCCAUUGAGAGGGCAGUCUGUGUGCCUCACGACUUCCACUGCAUUCACUUCCAGAUGAAGAAGCUGAGAGAGAAGCUGGUUGGCUCCUUGCAGCUGGCUUCUCAGAUCUACUAUAACCCACAAAUGAAUCUGGCCGAGUCCUUUGCUAACCAGUCCAUUCAAUUCUACGAAGCGGAGCCCACCAGGCUGCUGGAAAACAGUGAGGACAACACACGGAUGAUCAAUAGCUGGGUGGCAAAUAAAACCCAAAAUAAAAUCACCCAGUUGGUUGAAUCAGUUUCACCCAGUACACAAAUGAUCCUGCUCAACGCUGUCUCCUUCAAUGGUCAAUGGAAGGUCAAGUUUAAUCUGAAACCAAAGAAGGGUCUUUUCACAAAACUGGAUGGUGAUCUGGUAAAGGUGCCUCUCCUCUAUCACCCUAGAUACAUGGCGGUUAUGACAUAUGUGGUUGAGCUAAAGGCACAGGUGGCAAGGUUUCUUCUCACAGGUGACAGCAGUCUCUACAUCCUGCUACCUCGCUCCAACAAAGCGACUGACCUGCAGCAGGUGGAGGAGAGGAUGACAGACACAGCUGUGCAUCAAAUGAUAGAGGGAAUGAAAACAACAGUUCCUCACUAUAUCGAGGUUACUCUGCCCCAAAUCAAGCUGGAUGACCAGCCAGACAUGAACAUACUUAUCAAGAAAUUAGGACUGUCGUCCCUCUUCACGGAGCCCAACCUGUGUGGCAUCAACACUGACAACAUGCUGGUCUUGGACGAUGUCAGACACAGGGCCUUCCUCACACUAACCGAACAAGGAGUAGAGGCUGGCGCUUUCACCACUAUGGCGUUCUCUCGCUCCUUCCCUUCCUUCUCUGCCCUGCGGCCCUUCAUCCUGCUGCUGUGGAGUGACCAGGCCAAUGUGCCACUCUUUAUCGGCAGAGUAACCGACCCGUGAGCAGGAGAAAGAGCGAGGGUGGGAGGUGGGGGGGAGUGGGAGAAAUGCAACCAAGCACAUGUACAAGAAGAAAUAAAGAUAUGGUGAAGAAAAGCUGCCUGAUAUAAGUGAAAUACAUGUCAUUUCAUAAUGUUACUAUGAUUUUUUUCAGAAAAUUCAGCUGAUUUUUCGAAACUUGAUAUAAAACAAUAUAAAUUCAGUAUGAGCAUUGCUUAAAGUACUCACUAAAGAGAGUCUUAAAAAAACAUACACAGCCUUACAAAAACAUAUACACAGGCUUUGAUGUGGAUUGUCUUUGAAGAUGUCGAUGAAUAAACACAUAUGCACAUAUA